AUGUCGUUCAUACGGUCAGCUGGUGAUAUCAUUGGAUUUCUGUUAUUGUCAUUGGUUACGAUUAUUGAAUCAAUGUUCAAAUCAUUUAUCCCCAAAAGGUAUAAAAUGAAAAGUGUCGCGGGUGAUAUUGCCCUUGUUACUGGUGGUGGCGGAGGACUUGGAAGGCUUCUUUCGCUAAGACUCGCUAAUUUAGGUGCUACGGUCGUCGUCUGGGAUAUCAAUGAAAAUGGAAUUGAUGAAACAGUUAAAUUAGUACGCGCUGCUGGUGGAACGUGCUAUGGAUACGUUUGUAAUCUUUGUAAUCGUGAGGACGUGUAUAAAAAAGCUGAAAUUCUUAAAUCCGAAGUUGGACAGGUAUCAAUAUUAAUCAACAAUGCUGGCAUUGCUACGGGUAAAAAAUUUAUGGAUACACCUGACGAACUUAUCAGCAAGACUAUGGAAGUAAAUACUAUGGCACAUUUUUGGACGGUUAAGGCGUUUCUUCCGGCAAUGAUGGAGAAAAAUAAGGGACACAUUGUCAGCAUUGCUAGUCUUGCUGGUCACAUUGGAGUUCCCAAGCUCGUUGAUUAUUGCGCUUCUAAAUUCGCUGCUGUCGGAUUUGACGAAGCUCUUAGAAUGGAACUUGAGGCUGAUGGGUACAACAAAAUUUACACAACGGUAAUUUGUCCGUAUUUUAUACGUUCAACGGGUAUGUUUGAAGAUGUAGUAUCAAGGUAUAAUAUUGAAUUCAGAUUUCUGCUGCCCUUGAGCCCAAAUGUGGUUGCCGAUCGUGUCAUAACUGCAAUAAGAUGUAACGAAAAAUUCGCCAUUCUACCAGGGUACUUUCAAGGUCUUCUUGCAGCUAAAUGGAUAUUUCCAUGGAGUUGCGUAGCGAUGUUUCUGCGUGGGCUAGUAAGAGACGCGUCACCAGAACACGAUCAACCAAAGAAAGCAACAGAUAAUAACCACCAGGAGUUUGAACCAUCGAAAGAUCCAAACGGUGUACUUCAUCAGCAGCUUGCAAGACGUGUAUCAAGUUCUGAGAGAAAACCAUAACAUUACCUCAACUAUUACUACUACUUCCACUUCUUAUAAAUAAAUAUUUACUAAGUAGAAUUAUUUUCUACAAUUAUACGAGGUCUAAAUAAGUGACACUUGUAUUUUACUUGUUCACAGCGAAAGUUACGUGAAUAAUAUGGUUGUGAUGAUAAAAAUGACGGGUCCAAUGUCUUUUUAAAUACUUAAAAUUAAACAAAAAAAAAUAAUUAUAAAUAGUUAAUAAAUAAAAAAAAAAAUAUUUAUUAAUUAAUGAAAUAUUCAUUUUUAAGAAUGGUAAAAAUAUAUAUAAUUAAAAGUACACUUAAUUAUACAUGUUUUGAGUUUUUUACAUCCAUUAUAAACUUGUCAGCAAUUGCCUUAGGAUAAAUUUUUUUUUUUUUUUUUUCAUGUAAUCAAUGUAAAUUUUUAUGCAAAUAGUUAAAAGUAAUUUUUUGUCUUACCAUUAGUUAUUUAUAGUUAUUGUACAUAUUUAAUAUGUGGGAUAAAUAUGAAUAAUUGUGAAUUUAAAAAUUUAAUUAUUAUAAGUGCCGCUACUUGCCACUUGGUAUUUAAUGAUACUGAAUUGGUGAUAAUUUUGCCUUAUACUUAAUAAUGUAUAACAUUAUUUAUUUAUUUUUAAAAUUCAAUUUCAUUAACUAUUAUUACUAGUACGAUUAUUUUAAUGAGAAAAUAAUUAUCUACGAAUGAAAAUUAUGCAGCGUUAGUAUGUGCUGAGAGAUAUAAAAAAUAAUUAUCAACGGCCUUUGGAUUCUUGUUUCUCUAAUUGGAAUAAUGUUUAGAAAUAAAACAAAAAAAAAACUUACAUUCACAAAACUUAGCAAUAACUUAUAAAUAUAAACAAA